AUGGGUGCCAGUCCGAGGACUCAUUGGAAAUUCGAUAUAAAGCCCGAACCGCAGAAAAUCAAGAUUCUGGAGGGUAAUUGGACAAUCGACAUUUAUGUUACGUGUGAACAAGCAGAUAAUUUGUUUAUAAAUCCAACCAAAGGUGUUUUAAAAAAUCUUCUUGAUCGUAAGGCAUCAGACAGUCCUUAUCGGCUGGAUUUGAACGACGAAGACAUUGCAAAUGGAUUUAAAAUGUAA